AUGUACUUUAUAGUGGUAAUUGAAAUGCUCUUUCUCUCUAAAUGAGUUUGAGGUGAGAAGGGGAUGAUAGAUGAAGCACAAAAAGCUUUAGAAGAGGCUGAAGCACUAAAAAUGCUCCCUGCCAGACAGGAGCCUGUUCUGGAUUCCUCAAAAUACACUGCUGCUGAUGUUCGCAUUACCGAUCAAAAGCUACAGGUUUGUGACAUUUGUGGAGCAUUUUUGAGUGUUUAUGACAGGUACCUUGUUUAUCCUCUAGUUCCUGGUCAUAACCUUUUAUCUUAGCUUUCUGAAGGCUUCGAAAAGUUAGUGUUUGGGGUUUCAAGUGCUUCAGCUUUUGACCCGACAAUUAUACCUCCUUGUUACCAGCAGGCUUUUGGGCCCAGUUUUACGAGGAUAACUUUUGCAGCUACAGAAUGUGCAUCUUUUUCUGUUUUAUGUGCUUGUUGAUCUUGCAAUUGUUAGAUAAUAAACAUUUAGGAAACUGUACAGUGCAAGCUCCUGCAACUUUUUCUAUUGUCUGGGUAAAAGUGUUUUGAUUUUUCUUGUUCAUUUCAGUGAUCGACAUUUAGCAGAUCAUUUUAGAGGCAAACUUCAUUUAGGCUAUAUGCAAAUCCGUGAUAAACUAGCAGAGCUUCAGGUAAGAUUAUUUAUCUGCUAUGGUGGCUUUGCUUUAGGAAUUACAUUGGGGUAGGAAGUCCUUGCUGUCCAAGAUUUUGGUUUUAGAGAUUGCCUGAACUUUUCUCCACAUGCUAUGUCCAUUCAUCUUUUUUCUUUUUCCCUUUCUAUUUUUUUAAUAAAAUUAAUCAGACCUU